ACACUAACAACUGUAAGAAAGUGGACUGUACCGUCCUGUUCGUGACCGGGCAGACUUUGGUGUGAGACCCACACCGCCGCUCAUCCAUCUCACUUUCCAGAACAAACUUUUUAUAAAGGACAUUUGGGCCCAGCUUCAAAACACUGCGGCUCCAUCCAUCAGCAGGAAUAUUAUGCGUCCACAAACUGCUGCUGCUUCUUCUUCACACUGAGCUUCAUCUGCUUGAGUGUCCAGGGACAUGAAACUCAAUCCACAGCAAGCUCCACUAUAUGGGCGGUGUGUUAUCACGGUGCAGCUCGCUGAUGACGAGCUGGCUGCGGAUGAGGAGGGUGUGGACUACUUCCUGCUGUUUGUUGGCAGCACACAGAGGCACCUGACCAGCACCCUAAGGAGCAGUCAUGACACCUUGCAGGCACUGUGUCCCGCGCAUGACUGUUGUGAGGUGGUGUUGGUCACCUUGUGUUCAGUCAGCCGAGGUGUCCCCAAGGCCCCCGAGGACCCAAAGCCCUGUCUGGGUCACGUGGCUCAAUUGGCCGAGCAUCGAUUCAGCUUUGUCCAAGAUUUGGCUUUUGACAUGGCCCAGUUCCUGGUGAGCACGGCGGGCCGAGCUGACGGCCUCGAUGGGGCGCUGCUGCUGGAUGAGUGUCAGAUUCCCCUGCAGGAGUGUGAACGUCUGGAUGAGAGCCUGGCGCUGGCCCUACACCACCUCGCGCUGCCUCCGGGAUGGAGCUUACUGGGAAACAAACUAACCAACAGCACUGACCUGAAUCCUCAGGAGACUCUGCUGCAUUUCUCAGCACGUCGAGGUCUUUUUCGGGUUACGCGCUUCUUGCUGCUGCAGUCUGGAGCAAAAGACGCCCUGCGAUUGGCCAACAGACAAGGCCACACCCCAGCCGCCAUCGCAGCCCUGCGAGGACACGAACGCCUCCACGAGCUCCUCACACAGGCUGAGACGGACAAAGGGACUGAGACUCUUCAGCUGGUGUCUACGGACGCCCAGGUAGUUUGUCACCUCCCCAGGCUGAACACACACACUCUGACGCUGAGCAACCACUCCGGCCACGACCCUCCGAGCCUUCAGAGGAGCGUGGAGCAGCUGCUGCACUUGAUAUGCCAUCUCCAUGCCAAGGGAGUUUCUGUACUGGAGCUGCAGUUUGAUUCUCUGCACACAGCUGCUGAAUGUUGUGAUGGUAUAGAAACAGAGAUAACCUGUCUGGAGCGACUACAGCUGCCUGCUACAGCACCAGAGUGCCUGGAUACAGCAACAGGAGGGAGCUGGGGAGAAAACUGCUCAGUGGAAAGCCACAGUGGUGUUGAUUGUGGACAUGGUGAGACUGGGAAUGCAGAGAGAGACUGGCGUUUGUCUGUGAGUACUCCAGCGUCAGAAAUACACCCCCAGGAGCAUGGCCUCGGCCCCCCAGCUGACUGGGUGUGUCUCAGCUCAAGCAGUGGGAGAGAUUGCUGCCAAGCAGAGCAGGAGGGUGGGGAGCAGCCUGUUGUUCCCACCCAGAGUUUGAGUUUGCGUGACAGGAGUGAAGGAGCACAGAGUGGGGUAGAAGGAGAGAGCCUCACUGUGGGAAUCCUUCCACCAGAAGGCUGUGAUAAACAGGCAGAGGAAACUGAUAGAGAAGAGGCUGUGAUCUGGGAAGGACAGGAGGCCACGGAGGGAAAGGACAUAUCAGAGCAGGAAGCACAGGACAACACAGCUACAAGGAAGGAGGAGGAGGAGACAGAGUCCACAGAUUUUAUAACUAGUGGAGACACAAAAGCUUCGGAUAUGGGCCAGUCCCCGUCGUCAGAGGGAUCAGAGGUAUCUGACACCUCUGAUUCAGAAACAAAGGAGUGCUGUCAGGAAGAAGAGACUGAGGAGAAACUUAGCCAAGAGCACUGUGAAGGACUCUCUUUAGAUGAGGAGAAGGCAGAGAGUGAAGGGUUAACAGACCCCAUAUUAACACCAGGGGACCUCCCAAGCCCAUUGCUGAUAGACGGCGGUGAUGUAAUCAAGGAGCCUGAAUCUGCUGUUCCACGUCUCUUGAUAGAAGGCCUCCACGAGGGGGAACCUCCACCAGACAUAAACAGCCUGGAACAAAACCAGGAAACAGCUGGUCGGGAUUACGCUACAGAUCAGCAAAGGGGCUUGGCUCCAGAAACUGGUUGUCAUUCUGGGAAUAGUACUGGAACAGUGAGUAGUAAAGAGCUAGACGGUGAAGACGCAGCUGAACCUUCUGGAAACAGCAUUGAAAGUACCAGUUUGCCAACGGAUGAACCGGACGAUACAGCUGAUUCUCGGACUGAGGGUAACUUCAAGGAAGAAUUACAAACAGAUCCAUCACCUGAAAUGAUGCCAAGCUCCAGCAAUAGAUAUGCUGAUGAAGAGUCAGGGACAACCCAUGGCCUCUCCAGUGAUGAUGACGUCAGUUUCCAAUCGGUCGGAAGCUCCACAACAGAAAUUUUCCACCCCACUCAGGACAAGGUUAGUACGGAGGAUCAGAAUUUACUUCAGAACAAGAUAGCAGAACUGUCCUCAACAGCAGAGAAGGAACCAAACGAUUCAAAAUCUAGUGAGAGCAAUGAACAUGCACUAACCGUGGACGCAGGGCUCCCCUUGGAGCCGGGCACUGACAGUGCACCAACAGAAACAGACCGCAGCCAGACUGGCACCGAGCCUGAAUCACAACUGUCACCCAGCCUCCAAACAAUAGAGGCUUUGAAUCCUGAGGGGACAGUAGAGAACCUCACCGCAGAGCUUUCCAAAGAGGAUGUGUCGUUGUCAGAAAGCGGGGACGCUCUAAUGACGGAGGUCGAUGAAGGUGAAACUGGAGAGGUCAGCAGCUCUGAACUGAAUGCAGGGAUUGAGCAUUCACAAUCAGAGGUCACCAGCGGGGCUUUAUGUGAACCCAGUCCAUCUGCUGCGGAGGAAAGUGAUGCGAUUGGCCCGGUUGAAGGAGACCAUCAGUCAGCGGAGGCCGGUGAUAAAUCUGUAGUGGCUUCAGCUGAAAACAAUGAAGAUGUGCAGUUGAUGCCACAGCAACCCAAAGAGGAGAAUUCAGAGAUGACAGCAGAUGAGAGGUCACCUGAUGAGGGAUUAAGGCUCUCAGAGAAUCAGAUUGAUGCAUCUUCGUCACAGGGUAUCACUCCUCUUCCGGAUAGUGUAGAUGUCAGUGUUUUGGAAGUAGAUCCACCUUCUCCAAACAAUGAAGCAUCCUGUGGAGCUCAUGUUGAGGAUGAGGUGACGGAAAAUCCAGAGACUCUUGACGCAGUGGAUGGAGCACCACAAUGCCCUGACAGCGCAACUCAAGAGGUGGAAGUUAUCAUGUCUGAAGACACUAUAAUUGGUGCAGGGGAGGAUGAAAAUGGCCCCUCAGAGGAAACAGACUUUUCCAUGAUCCACCGAGACAGAGACGCGUCGUUCCAUCAGCCUUGCAACACUCCACACUCAGGAUCCUCGCAGUCUUCAGCGUUUCCCAGUUUGCCCAGUAGAACCAGCAGUGCCACCAGCUGUCCCUCCACCGCACACAGAGACUCUGGCAGCGACAUAGAAAGCCUCCUGAACGCAGAGCCAGGAUAUGACAGCGUCUUCAGAAAGAAUGAUGAACCAGUGACAGGAGGAGACAGUGCCAGCGAGGUUUCCGUCUCCUGUUCCUCCACAGACGACACCGCCAGCGUCGGUCCGUCGAGCUCCAGUCCAGAGGGCAGCCACGGCCUGGAAUGCAGCUGGAGCCCAGAGGAGGGCAUCCAGACUGGGGCUGCUACCACUACAGGACCGGACAGCGUUGGAUGUGGUGGUGGUGGAGGAGGAGGAGCGGGAGAAGCUGAAGAAGAAGCCAAAGACAGAGUGACAGAGGUGCUGCGGCGCCCCUGCUCCAGCAUCCGCUCCCAGUCGCCACAUCGCCGCCACAGCUGGGGUCCUGGAAAGAACAACGGAGAAGACGCAGAGAUGAACCAGAGGAGCUCCGUCCGUAGCCCUGGUGAGGGGAAGCCGACCUUUCACAGGAGAAGCCGGUGCCCUCCUGAUGCUCCCCACAGCCACGGUGUGCAAGUAGUUAGUUCCCUCAGCUACAGCCUGGAGGGGCUCAGUGGGGUCCAGGAAGAGCUGAGAGGCCCCACCACUCAGGGUCCCCGAAUCCUGGAGCCUUCAAGGAUGCCCCGGCAUGACAGCGAUGACAGGGGCUCCCUGGUUUCUCUGACAGAGGAGCAGGAGGAGCUGGGGGAGCAUGGCAGACUACAUGACCCGAAAUCAAGGAGGUAUCGGCCUCUGCGAAACAGCUGUCCUCCCAUGACCCUGCCUCUCACCAAGUCUGUAUCUAUGCUCGCCAUCAGCCAGAGAGACAUUGAUGGUAUGAGGUCGUUUUCCAGUGCCUCUGGGUCACUAGCAUACAGUAUAUCAGAGGAGGAGCCUGGGCCUCUGCGGAGCGACACUGAAGGAAAGAGUGUGACGAAAGUCAGCCGGACCUUCAGCUACCUCAAGAACAAGAUGUACAAGAAGACCAGGGAAAAGGAGCGAGACAAGAAGGAGAAAGACAAGGAGGGUAAAGAAAAGGACAAGAAGGCGAUUAAUGGUCAUCUGUUCACACCAGUCAGCUCGGGCCAGGCUGCCCAGUGCUUCCAGUGCAAUAAGGCUUUCAACAGCAAGGAGGCUUUCCAUUGCACACACUGUAAUGCUUCCGUCCACAAGAGCUGCAGGGACAGCCUGCCUGUUUGUGCCAAGGUGAAGAUGAAGAUGCCCAAACAGCAGUUUGCAGUACCAGAUUCAAGUCAACAGCUUACAGUCACAAUGAGGAACAAAUCUGGUGGGACAAGGGAACGCCCCUGGUCUGCCAUCUUGUCCCCCGAAGACCAUUCCUCCCUGAUGAUCCCACCACGGAGACACACCAGCAUCAUGACUUUCCAUGGCAACAAUCUCUCCAAGAGUUUAUCCAUAAGCAACAUCGCAGGCCCGGUGUUUGAUGAGAUGCCCAUUAAAGGCCUGAGGUAUCUCUCCCAGUCUACUGACUCCCUCAACAGAACCAACCAGGUCACAGAGUCCACGGAAUCGCUCACUGAUGAAGGGACGGAAAUGAUGGACGGUCAGCUGAUGGGGGAGUUUGAGGCAGAGGCCAAGGAGAUGGAGGCCGACUCGUGGAGUUUAUGUGUGGAGCAGCAGUACCUGCAGCAGCUGGACAAAGAGCUGGUGAAGAGACAAGACGUCAUCUAUGAGCUGAUGCAGACGGAGAUGCAUCACAUCCGGACGUUGCGCAUCAUGUCAGAAGUCUACAGCAAAGGCCUGCAGAAGGAGCUGCAGCUGGAGCUGCAGACAGUGGAGAAGCUGUUCCCUGCUCUAGACGAACUCCUGGAGCUCCACACCCAGCACCUCCUCCGCCUCCUGGAGAGAAAGAGGGAGAGCCCGCUGGAGGGGGGGAGCUCGGAGGGAAGCUUCAUCAUCAACAGGAUAGGAGACAUCUUGCUCAGCCAGUUCUCAGGAUGCAACGGUGAAAGCAUGAAGAGGGUUUACGGGAGAUUCUGCAGCCGCCACAACGAAGCUGUAAACUUCUACAAGGACCUCCUCACCAAAGACAAACGCUUCAAGGCCUUUAUCAAAAAAAAGAUGAGUAGCAGCAUUGUGCGGAGGCUUGGUAUCCCAGAAUGCAUCUUGCUGGUGACCCAGAGGAUAACAAAGUACCCGGUGCUAAUUCAGAGAAUGCUGCAGCACACUAAAGAAAGCGAAGAAGACUAUGAAGACCUGACGGAUGCUGUUCGGCUUGUGAAGGAGGUGAUCGCAGCAGUGGAUAGCAAAGUGAACGAGCACGAGAAACGGCGCCGACUGAAGGACUUCCACAGCCGCAUGGACAGCAAGUCCAUCAUGAUGAUGAAGAGUGGUCAGAUAUUUGCCAGGGAGGAUCUACUGAGGAGGAGGCUGAUCCAUGAUGGAGGGCUGCAGCUGAAGAACUGCCAGGGAAGACUAAAGGAUGUCCAUGCUCUGCUACUAUCAGAUGUCUUCGUCUUCCUCCAAGAGAAAGACCAGAAAUAUGUCUUCGCCAUGCUGGACCAGCGCUCCACGGUCAUCUCCCUCCAGAAGCUGAUUGUGAGGGAGGUUGCAAACGAAGAGCGCGGCCUCUUCCUCAUCACGGCAGGCAUCGAGAAGCCGGAGAUGAUGGAGGUCUUGGCCAGCUCCAAGGAUGAACGCAACACCUGGAUGCAGCUCAUCCAGGAAGCCAUGCAGUCGAUAGAGAAGGAUGAGGAUGAAGGGAUUCCCAGUGAGACGGAAGAUGACAAGAGACAACUGGAGACUAAAGCCAAGGAGAUGAGAGAUUUAUUGAGGCAAAAGGACACAGAGAUCAUGUCUCUGCUGGAGGAGAAGGUGCGGCUCUUCAGGGGGAUGUGGGAAGGUUUGAACCCAGGCGAGGAGGUCUGCCGGCAGGUCCAGCCCUUCUUCAGGUCAGUCUCCAGCCAGGAGCUGCCCAGGGGGGCGUCGAUCAUGAAGGAUGCCCUGGAGGAAGUGGAGACGUUACAGGGGCUGGUUAAUGGCAGCCUGGGCGGGGCGAUGGCCAGCGUCCAGGAGGGAGGGGUUGCGGGGCCGGUGUGUCUGCCCCGCCGGGCCGAGACCUUCGGAGGCUUCGACAGUCACCAGAUGCACAGCAGUAAGAGUGGUGAUGGUGACGAGAGCGAAGAUACGGCUGGAGAUCUGCGCAGGACAGAGUCCGACAGUGUUUUAAAGAAGGGAGGAAACGCCAACCUGCUGCUGCUGCUGAAGAGGAACAGUGAGCAGGUCCUCCACAGUGUCUCCAAUCUGCAUCUCCUGCUCAGCACUCUGCAGGCGGUGGUGGUCCAGCAGGACAGCUUCAUAGAGGACCAGCGGCAGGCCCUGAGCGAGCGCUCGUCCUCCUGCUCAUCUUUAUCGCGGCCGUCCUCGCGGCCCAGCUCGCUGAUUGAACAGGAGAAGCAGCGCAGCCUGGAGAAGCAGCGGCAGGAGCUGGCAUCCCUGCAGAGACAGCAGGCAGCUCAUGCUGAGGAGAAGAGGAGAAGGGAGAGGGACUGGGAGCUGAGGGAACAGCAGCUGGCAGAAAGAGAAGGGCUGCUGCACCUACAGCAGGAGGAAGAGAUCUUGAAGCAGCACAAGGAGCUAGAGGAGGAGAAGCAGGGGCUGCAGAGUAAAAAGGAGGAGUACCAGAGAGACCUGGAGAGGCUGAGGGACGCCCAGAGGAAGCUGGAGAAAGACAGAGAGGCAGUGCAGCGGCAGCUCAAAAAGAUGGAGGAGCUGCACCUGUCUGAGAGGACUCCCUCCACAACGUCAGAUGAAACCCAGUUCCCGGGCAGCUCCCAGUCUCUGGAGCUGGACCCGCUGGAGCUCUCCUCCUCCUCCUCCUCCUCCUCCCUGCUGAGGCUGCAGCCCCAGCGGUCUAAGCCCAAAGGGAAAAGCCUCAAUCCCUUUACCUCAUCCUCCAGCAACCUCAAAGGUAGCGAAGCCAACAACCAGAUCUCAAAGAGCCUGCUGCAGCUGUCCAAGAACAAGAGCAAAGAGGGGAAGGAGAAGGAGAAGAAGAAGAAGAAGGGCAAAGGCGGGAGCGCACAGACAGCAGACCCCCAGCACCUCCCCGAGCCUCCUCUGGACGGAGAGAUCUUCUUCUGCUGAGAGAAGUGGCUCUCCUCCUCCUCAUCCUCCUCCUCCUCCUCCUCAUCAUCAUCAUCAUCAACCCACCACAGCCCUUUCAGAGGAUUGUGUUACUGCCAAGUAGUAAUACAUUCAUCUGCAUGCGUAGCACUGCAGUGUACUACCAGGCUUUUUGGCACCUUGAAGAGACUUUUAGUUAAUUGUGUUCAUUUAAAGCAGAGCAAUUUCACUUUAUGCGAGAAAAAUGUAUUUUCUUGUAUUUUAAAACCCACUGCUUUAGUUUCUGAAAGGAAAAAAAUAUGUAAGGGAUUCUGCUAUGGUGUGUAAGUAGGCGUACAUACUUGCAGUACAUAAAAAUAGGCAACAUGAAAUGGCAGUACAUUUUUUGGGUAUUUUGUUUCCAAAAAAAAAAAAACAGUUUCCCUUUCCAAAGACACCAUGGUUACAUGACAGUGGUUUCAUUUCUUCAUUUUGAAGAAUUAUACAUUUGUGAGUAUCAAACUGAAAGCAUUUCACAGCAGGCUGCCUCACAAGCUCUGCCAAGUAUGUCACAGGCCCCACUGCCUUUCUGUGUGCGUGUUUGUUACGGCCCCAACUAGCCCCCUUUUCCACAGUCCGUCCUGCUAUGAAGUUCCACACCAACAGGCUGUUAUGUUAAUUUAUGGAAGCGUCUUCCAUGUGACUGAAUCCACACACACACAAGGACUCAGACUUAUCCAAAUGCCACUUGGAAACAGAUAUGAAUGCCAACAUGCUCCAUGUGGCACUGGGAGCUCAUCACUAAUGAUCUUUAUUCACAAUUAAUAGAAGAUUGAAAACCUCAGAGGAAAAUCUGCUUAAACUAAGUGUCUUGGCAGCAUGUCUUAAUCAAGUCCAGCGUUUUCAGUGUUUGCUCCAGUGUUUCAUUCAGAAAUGCUACUGUAUAGAUCCACAUUGAAAGAAAAAUUGUCGCCCAACAAUCCUUUACUCGCUAUUUGAAAAGCAGAUUUUGGUCGCGUCCACUAAUUUUGCCUCCAGUUAGUAAGCAAAAUGGAAUUUCAAUACCUUCCAUAAUCCUCUAUUAAGACUCCAUGCCAUCAAUCUUGUUCCUUGGCUGGGUUUUAAUUUAUUUGAAUAAUGGAUGUCUCCAUUUUGGAGUGAAACUCUUCAGAUGUGCAUGUCUCUUCUUCCAGACUCAACAGUAAUGAAAGGAUUGAGACAUAUCUUCCAGCGUCUAAUGGCUCAAUUCAUAUCCUUUAGUGUGUUUUAGAGCCUUGGAUGGAUAUUAGCUUGAUCCUUGCUUUAUCUGCCUGUCAAUGGGCUUUUAUGCAGCCCUCAUCUUUCAUCUGAGCGCUGACGACUGGGGCUUUCCUUCGUUUUUUUGUUUAAUUGCAUGUAACUCCGCAGGUAGCAUACUAAUGGCUUCUAAGUUCAACUUUCUCUUUCAACCUCUCUUGGUUGUGAUAAUAGACUCUGUAGAUGCACGUGGCUGAUGGUUUUAGGAAGUGGAGGCUGUUAAUUUAGGGACAAAGCAGCUGGUUAGAGAAAAUGAGAGAGGACAUUAACUAAAAAACACCAAAUGAUGCUAUACGUCCGUGUUCAGACGCAUAAUGACUGAACCUGCUCAGCAGGUACUGCCUGAGUCUCUGAUCAUUUCAAAUUAAUCAGCACUCAGCAGUGUUGUUAAGCACUUUGGUACUAAUAUGUUGAUGCUUUUUUGUUAUCAGUGUGAGAUAUCAAUCAAGGAGGUCUUUGUACUCUGUGGAGUUUUUUAAUCGAGGGCACUGAUGCUCAUGAAAAGCAACAAUGAUCCAAAGCAAGAUAAUGUGUUAAAUUACAUAAAAGGUGCUGCGGCUCCUUGUUGUUGAGAUUAGUGAUGUCAUUAAAAUAGGGGCCUGUAGCUUUUAUGGAAUGUUUCCAAGGUGACCUGCAUGACCUGUCUUAAUUUUAAAGCCUGUGUAUUAUCCCCACUAAGGCCAGAUUGCGGGCCACACACUACCUGCAGGACAGGUAGGAAGUAGAAGCAGAAGAGUUUUAAAAAAAAGCAGGACCCUUCUCUCAGUGAAUGACAGAGCAGCGCCACUGAACUGCUUUCUUGCUGCCUCUUUUGUCUUGUGUUUAAGUGCUUGUUUGUUAACUUGCCGUCUGUGUUGAGGAUUUGACUUCAUGUCCAGGCUGGUUUAUUAUAGUGUGUCUUCUAAGAGGCUUACAGGGCCAGCCAAUUAGUUGCUUCAUGUCUUUUGUUUAUGGCUUUGGUGUAAUCCUGUCAAAGAAACGGAGAGGAAUGGGCUUCUUUUUUUUGUUUCUGUAGCUUUAGGUGUGUUUUGACCACUAGGGAGCACUGCACCUAUGACUAAAUUAGUUCCCUCCCUCACACAACAACAACCACAAAGUAUGAAACUAUGUUUUUUUGUUCUUUUCUUUUUCUUUCUUUUUUUUAAUUUUUUUUUUAUACAUAUUCUCCCUGUUGUGAGAAAUUGACAUAUUUUUCUCAGCAGGUCAUCGCCAUACAGAGAUAAUGUGAUGAGCGUGGGCUCUCACACUCUGUGACAUUUUCCCCACGGCAUUUGUAAUUGACUGCGGAAACAAAUAAGUUGUCAGAGAUUGUAAUUGGUUAUUCAGUGAAACCAGUCAGCAGCAGCUUUAAUGCGGGAAAGGAAAAAAAAAAAAGAGAGAGAGAGAAGGUCUAACGGUUGGAGGGAGCAACCGGGCAGAACCACAAACCUCUCUCUGUAAAGGACAAUCAGCAGACACGAGUCAGGAAAAUGAACUCCCUCCCCGAUGAUGAUAGGGCUGUCCAUGAGACGAGGGUGUCCAUCAGGUGAACCCUGCGUAGCCUUAAAUCUUAACGAUAAAAUGCACUAGAGUAGAACCCAGCAUCUUCUCAGGAGAGAGAGGAGAGCUUUUAUACCUCUGCUUUGAAACGAAGGAAAUGUUUGUACUAUUAAAGUGGUACAGAAUAGUUUCAUUCCCAACAUUGUAAAAAAAAAGGGCAAAGACAAAUAUGUAAAUACGAUUUAUGUAUAAAACAAAUCAAAUGUACAAAAUUGUUUCGUUUGUGAUCUAUUGCAACAUUUUGUAAGAAUGUUUUAUUUAUGUUUUAUUCUCCCCCUUGGGGUGAUGUAAAGUCAUAUUUCUCUCAUAAUAAAAAAAAUCAUAAUGGA